ACUAUCGGCGGCUGCUGAGCUCAGUCAGUGUAGGGAGAAGCAGGCAGUCACUGUGAGGGGGAACUUUGUUGCUAUGAAACUUAGGACUAUUUACUCAAUAUUGAAAGCAUUACCUAAAAACCCUCGUCAAUCCAUGAGCCGCCCUUAGGCUGUGAGCUCUUUAGUGUAGUUUGGCCAGCAGGGGCCUCGCCACUCACUAUUCUUACACUUUUUUUUGAAAGAAUGUGCGAGACAGACAGUUAGCCGGCUAGCUGGCCAGCUAGCUGGCUAACUAGCUAGCCGAGGUGACACAGGCGGCAGGAGAACAAAAGAUUUUUUUUUGACCGUUUCCACUGACACCAAGUCCAUGCAGAACGUCUUGUUAGCACCACAAUGCCCGUUUUACUUUUUCUGGUAGACACGUCCGCGUCCAUGAACCAGCGCAGCCAUCUGGGCACUACCUAUCUGGACAUAGCAAAAGGCGCUGUUGAGACUUUUAUGAAGCUCCGAGGGAGAGAUCCGGCCAGCCGAGGGGACCGGUACAUGUUGGUCAAUUUGGAAGACAUUCCGUUCGGGAUCAAGGCGGGAUGGAAGGAGAGUCACGCCACGUUCAUGACGGAGCUGAGGAACCUGCAGGCCACCGGACUCACCACCAUCGGCCAAUCACUGAGGACCGCCUUUGACUUGCUCAAUCUCAAUAGAUUAGUGACCGGCAUAGACAACUAUGGACAGGGAAGGAACCCCUUCUUUCUCGAGCCCGCCAUCAUCAUCGCCAUCACCGACGGCAACAAGUUGACCAGCAGCGGGGGGGUCCAAGACGAGCUCCAUCUCCCCCUGACCACCCCCCUGCCAGGCAGCGAGCUGACCAAGGAGCCGUUCCGCUGGGAUCAGCGUCUGUUCGCUCUCGUGCUGCGGAUCCCUGGCCACGCGUCGGUGGAGCCUGAUCCCAUCGGGGGCGUCCCGUCCGACGACUCGCCCAUCACGCCCAUGUGUGAGGUCACUGGAGGACGUUCAUACAGCGUGUUCUCGCAGCGCAUGUUGAAUCAGUGUCUGGAGUCCCUGGUUCAGAAGAUCCAGAGCGGCGUGGUCAUCAACUUUGAGAAGACGGGGCCAGACCCUCCCCCACUGGAAGAUGCUCCAGCCGAGUCGCUCAAGUCCGGCCCUCAGCCUUGGCACUGCUGCCACAAGCUCAUCUAUGUUCGUCCCAAUCCCAAAACCGGCGUUCCCAUUGGCCACUGGCCCAUCCCUGAGGCCUUCUGGCCAGACCAGAACUCCCCCACCCUGCCGCCCCGCUCGGCCCACCCCCACGUACGCUUCUCCUGCCUGGACGCCGAGCCUAUGGUGAUUGACAAGGUGCCCUUCGACAAGUACGAGCUGGAGCCCUCGCCGCUCACGCAGUACAUUCUGGAGAGGAAGUCUCCACACACCUGCUGGCAGGUGUUUGUGUGUAACAGUGCCAAGUACAGUGACCUGGGCCAACCUUUUGGCUACCUGAAGGCCAGCACAGCUCUCAAUUGUGUCAACCUGUUUGUGAUGCCCUACAACUACCCCGUGCUCCUGCCUCUCCUGGACGACCUCAUCAAAGUACACAAGUUCAAGCCCACCAUCAAGUGGCGGCAGUCCUUUGAGAACUACCUGAAGACCAUGCCCCCAUACUACAUCGGGUCCCUGAGGAAGGCGCUAAGGAUCAUGGGAGCGCCCAACCUGCUGGCAGACAACAUGGAGUACGGCCUGAGCUACAGCGUGGUCUCCUACCUGAAGAAGCUCAGCCAGCAGACCAAAAUGGAGUACGACCGCCUGAUCGCCUCCAUCGGAAAGAAGCCGCCGACUGAAUCUGGGAUCAAGGUCCGCUGGCGAGGUGGCGGCAUCUCUCUGGCCCAGCGCCGAGACUUCAUCCAGCAGCUGCAGAGCCUCUCUAGCGACGCCCCCGUGCUUCCUCUGGAGCUCAACCCCAAGGAGUUCCAAGGAUUUCACCUGGCGUUGCUCAACAAGGAUCUGAAACCUCAGAGCUUCCGGAACCCCUACGACAUCCCCCGCAGUCACCUGCUGGACCAGCUGAGCCGCAUGAGGAGAAACCUUCUCAACACCAGCGUCUGCACCCUGCGUGGGCAAGACUCGGAUCAGCUCCACAGCGUUCCCAUCGCCCAGAUGGGGAACUACCAGGACUUCCUCAAAGCUGCCCCUCAGCCCCUCAGAGACGCCGACCCUGAGCAGCCCAAACGCCUGCACACUUUCGGCAACCCCUUCAAGCUGGACAAGAAGGGCAUGAUGAUCGACGAGGCAGAUGAAUUUGUGACGAGCCCCCAGAACAAAGGCAAGAGGCCUUCAGACAACAACAUGACGGGCGGGGGCCCCAAGAGGAGGCGUUGCAUGUCACCGCUGCUGCGCCUCGGCCGUGGCUACACGCCCCCUGUCACCCCCCCUGCCAGCCCUCGACCCGCAUCAGACAUGGACGUGAGCGACGGAGAAGUGGAACCAGACCUGAUCAUCAACCACCUCCAUCAGAACCACUGCAGCCCAGAAAGAAGUUCAGACUACGAGUCGGAACCCUCAGGACCCGCCGACCCUCAGGAGAACCACUCGUCGGCAGACCACCACCAGGACGGGGACGAGGACGAGAACGGUCAGAGGCGGGAGGGUGAGGAGGAAGAGGGAGCCGAGGUGAUUCUGGUGGACGAUCAAGCGCCCCGGUACCUGUCUCCCGCUGCCCUGAAGAAACACAUCCAUACCGAGACCACCAAGGUCAACAACGAGCUGAGGACGCUCAUCACCAGGGAGAUCAGGAAACCUGGCAGACACUACGAGAAGAUCUUCUACUUCCUGAAGCAGAUCCAAGGCACACUGGACACUCGGCUCAUCUUCCUCCAAAACAUCAUCAAGGAGGCAGCCAGGUUCAAGAAGCGUGUUCUCAUUGAGCAGCUGGAAAACUUCCUGGAGGAGAUCCACAACAGAUCGAACAAUAUGAACCACGUGGACGCACUCUGACCUCCUCAUUCCCCAAAUGAACUUAACUCGCUAACUCCGCCUUCAUCUUGCAGAGACGAGAACGUCUCUCGCUCCUCAGAGGAUCCUUUUUUUCUGUAUCACUCAACACCGCUGAUGGAUUUGUUGGUUUCGACCCUCAUGAUGACGUUGAGUACUUGCUGCGUACUUUUAGACCUUUUUAGACCGGCGGUUGCGGUUUCUGUGAAACCAUCCUCAGUCACCUGAGAUCCACCCCCGAUUCCACCAUGUUGUCAGUUCUGGGUGUUCAUGAGGGGCCCCUUGUUGCUCUUUUUCACUCAUUGUUUGGUUGCACUUGGAGGUUUUCAUCCGUGUUGUCACUCGGCAAACUAAUGGGCGUGUCACAUGAUCAACCAUGGAGAAAGUAGUAGGCAACCAAAAUGCAACAGAGCGAAUCGUAGACCGUCUAGCCACUUAUGGUUGACUGCUGAGCGAGUGAUUCAAUAAGUUGGACACAAAUGGCCGACUUGCGAUUUGUCGAAUUGGCAUCUCAUACGGGACUUACGGUCAACCAAAAAGCCCCCGACCGGGUAACCAAUGGUUGACUGACAGCUGACUGAUGGGUGGUCAACCGGCAACUAAAGACUGAAUGAGCGAUGGUCGACCAGUAAGCUAGUUAAACGGGUGAUUUGACAAGUCAAUGACUAAGUCACCGGCAACCAUUUUCGGUGACUUUGGUGACCAAUGGGUGGGCAGCAGGCAGCCAAAGACCGAAGGAGCGAUGGUCGUCCAAGGACGUAACUGUUGGGAAAGUCAUUCGCCACCAAAGACCGACUGAUGGCGGCGAGCUGCCGAUGAGCCACCGAAGUGGGGAGAUUGAUCAUGAAAGUGUGCAUGAAAGGACCCGAUUGGCGAGCAACAGGCAACUAAUGAGUCAGCAAUGACCAAUCAAACACCGAGUGACCGAUUUAGGAACUGACGAGCAAGCCCAGAGCAAACGAACGAGAAUGGGCGACCAACAGUGUGUGUGUGUGUGUGUGGUCAUUGAACGAUUGUGGCGGCGACAAACAGCUCAGGAAGUGACAUGGCCGUUCAAGUUACCCGCAUUUACCUUCAAGUUUGCCACGGAACACGAGUGUCGCUCGCCCGUUCGCCAAAGCCCCGCCGCCAUCCAAGUCACUUAACCACCGAUGCACUUGUGUACAUUUAUUUAAUGUCAUUUAAAGUCCAAGACUACCUUGAUGCAGAUCGUACUUUUUUUUUUUCCUGAGAAAGAGGGUAAGGCGGUCAGGGGUCAAGGGUCGGGGGGGGUUCAAGCGCACACGCAACUUCAAGAGUUGUUUUUGGAUCUGGAACAGGGGACCAAAAAUCAGCCAUACGUGUGUGUGUUGGUGAGCAAGCCGCUAAAGAGUAUUUUGAAUACACUGUAAUAUGACUGUAAAUAUUCCUAGAGUAAUAUUUAAAGAUGGUGGACAAACGUGUGGCCUUUUUGUAAGUAUUUCCAUCAAUUAAAGAUCUAUUUUCCACUGUGAAGGCCCAUUAUGAUGAAUAAAGUGUUGCUAAA